AUGUCCUCCGACCCAACCCACGAUCUCCAAUACACCUGGGAACCACCGAAUUACGAGUUCAGCAAGCGUCCAUCCUUCACCACUGUCCAAGAAACCCAAGACGACGAUCAUGAAGGUAGCACCACCGGGAAUUUCUCUCGCUACGCCAAAUUUACACCAGACGGAUCAGCCUUCCUAACACACCUCGAAAACCACACUAUCCAAAUCUUCGAAUUCGACUCUACCAAGACUCACAAGGCAUCCCUUCUGCUAGGAGAACAAGAAGACCCUCCUUCCAAACCCCAGCUAAAACUCACACUUCCCCAAGCCUCGCCGUUAGUCGCAACAGAGUGGUUUCCGACGGCCAGUUGUAGACCAGAAGCACUAGCUGGGUUCUGCUUCGUCGCGUCUGUCAGGGAAUGCCCUGUGAAGCUAUUGGAUGCCAGGGACGGAAGGCUACGAGCCUCCUACCCAAUCGUCGACCACAGGGAACGCCAAAUAGCACCUCACAGCCUCUCCUUCAACUUUACCGGCGAACGACUCUACUGCGGCUUCGAAGACACCAUCGAAAUCUUCGACGUUAACCGCCCAGGCUCCGAAGGCACCCGCCUCCCCACCACACCCUCCAAAAAAAGCAAAGACGGUCUAAAAGGCAUCAUCUCCUCCUUGGCAUUCUCCACCCUCUACGGCGCAGACGACACACUCUUCGCAGCUGGCACCCUAACCCCGAGACCAGACAACAUCGGCUUAUGGGUCGAGUCGCAGGAGGCGAUGGUUAUGAGCGUUGGAGGGGGGCCUAGAGCCGGGGUCGUCCAGAUGCAAUUCAACCCAUACCGCCCACACAUCCUCUACGCCACCUACCGAGGCAUCGCAAACAACCUCAUCUACAGCUGGGACAUCCGCUCCAACGUCCACUCCCCUCUCAGAAUCUUCGAUGCCCGCCCAUUGGAUUCCUCAGGGAACCCAACACCCGUUCCAAUCUCAAUGCGUAAUCAGAAGAUGCAUUUUGGAUUAGAUGUGGUUGGGAGGUAUAUGGGAGUCGGUAAUUCCAAUGGUGAAAUCGCGGUAUUCGACCUGCAGAAAGCCGAAGGCGAUGCUCAAGACAGUCAAGACGAGGAGGCAUCCAUUCAAGAAACCUCCACCUCUUUCCCCGACUUCAGGUUCGACGCUCACAAAGGUGCAUACCCAUCCGUCCUCUAA